GUGUUACCCUAUCGAUGUGUGUCACAAGGUGAGGCCCGCUUCACAAGCAUCUCCUUAAUGAGGUCAAAGCUUGCUGCCAUCGCUUACUAAUAUAGUUGACUCAACGAAAUGUAUUCGCUACUGAUGGCAUUUAGUUUGAUAGUCACAAUGACUAGUGUAGUGCAGCAAGUGACGAGUGACGUCUUUACUUCCGUGACACUGAUUAAAGACAUGGUGUUAAAAGAAAGAGAGAUAGUGGACAGAAUACAAGAGUCCACGCAAAGACUAGUAUCUAAUGGAUAUAGUCAGUUGACUAGAUUUUAUCACAAAAGACUGGCAACAAUAAAUAGUCGCAACUUUUCUAGAGAAAUUGAAAGACUUAAUCAUCCCAAUGGUAUUUAUUUAAUCAUAAAAGAGUUUUUUGAAGACUAUAUUCCUUUAAGGAAAUAUUUGACUGAUUAUGAAUCGGCCAACAUUGAAUCGAUUUUAUCAGAAGUGGCAGGGGAGCAGGACAUGGAAGGUGCCAGAGAAUCUUUGAUUCGCCUUCAGGAAGUCUACAAUUUGCAACCACGGGAAAUGGCCAAAGGCAAUUAUCUGAACUACAAAGGUCCAGAACUUAGUGCUUCAGAUGUUUAUCUCAUUGGGAAAACUGCAUUCACAAUUGAGAAAUAUCCACAAGCGGUUCAAUGGUUGACCACAGCUGUUGAUUUAAUGAGUAAGGAUAUUGCAAUCACUGGCCCAUACGUGGAAACGCCCUCCUUUGGGAUGAUAUCCACAGGAAACACUGCCUUCUUGACUGAUGCACAAACAUAUCUUGGAAGAUCUUUACUACGAGUUGGCGAUCAAGAAAAUGCUAGGAAGUUGUACAUGAGCUUAGUAACAGAUGAUAUUGAAAAUAAGAACAUUCAAACUCUAGGAUAUGAGUUGAAAAGCGUUGGGACAGUAGAAAUUGGCCAGAACCAAGUCAUCACGAAAUUUUACAAUUUGUGCCAACAACAGAGCAAAACAUCAGAGCCAACAUCAAUGGAUUCUCGUUUGAGGUGCCGAUUUGCGUACAUUCUUUUACCUUACUAUCGUUUCCACGAGGAGAUACUCUCUAACACACCUUACAUCAGCAUGUUUUAUGACGUCAUCACAUCCACAGACGCGGAGAGGAUUAAAAAGGACAGCUCUGCAAUAGGGUUGACUCGUGGGAAAAUCUCGCCCGGUCUAUUGAAUGAGACCACAUCGUCAUUUAGAACUAGUCACGUAACUUUUUUGUCUGAUGAGAAGUCGGAGGCAGCGGCCUUUUUAUCACGUAGAAUAUCUUAUCUGACUCACUUGGAUGCAAGCAAACAAGCGGCGGAACCUCACCAGGUGGUCAACUAUGGACUAGGUGGACAUUAUGCUCUACAUCUAGACGUUUUUCUGGAAGAGAGAGCCGAGAUGAAGGCAAGAUUUGAGAACUACGGAAACAGAAUGGCAACGUUUCUAAUCUAUUUAACCGAUGUUGAACGAGGGGGAUCUACUGCGUUUCCUGGAGCUGAUCUGGUUGUUUCCCCUACAAAGGGGAAUGCAGUAUUUUGGUACAGUUUUACUCCAGAUGGCGAAAUAGAUCACUUAACUGAACAUGCUGGUUGUCCAGUAGUUAUAGGAGAAAAGUGGAUCAUCAACAAAUGGAUCUGGACUUACGGUAACACGUUCACCAGACGGUGUGGUUUGAAACCCAAUGCAUCCCAGCUUGAUAUAGAACGUGAAAUGUACAGUGGAUAUACAGGAAAACACAAGAAACAAAGGGACUAGAAAAUAGAGUGUGGAGAAACGUGUUUUUUGUCAGUAGACUUUGAAGCUAAGUGUUGUCAUUUCCAUAUGGUUAUGUUUGUUGAAAUAAAUGUAACUUAUACAUUGAUUUAUAGUUUCAAAUGUACUUUCUAUAUCUAUAAUGUAUUCCAUUAUGUAAUAUGUACGAAAGAAUUAAACUUUUUUUAUUGUAUUUAAUUAACUUCUUUCGUAGUAACCUACAUUCUUUCUUUUUUAUUUAAAUACAUUCCUCACAAAAAAAUGAAGAUUAUUAUAUCUCUGUGUAAUGUUACUAAUAAACAAAAGUUA